GGGAGGCCCGACGUCGGGGGCGGCGACGACGACGACGGACCCCGAGUCAGAGCUGGCACCUGCAAAGUCAAGCGAAGAAAAGAGUGGGACAGUCGACGAUGGGGCCGAGCGGCAGUCGCAAGAUGCAGACGAAUGGGAGGCGGGGGACCACCCAUGUUUGGUGCGCCAGCUCCGGUGCCUGCGCCCAAGCCCAAGCCAAAGGAGAAAGAGGAGGAGCCAGCAGCAGCGGCAGCAGAAGAGACUAAGAUUGAAGGGGUACAGCAAGAGCCGGUGCAGGAAAAGGAACCUGCAACAAAGGACGAGGCCGUUCAGCGAGCAGGCACAGAAGAGGAAGGCGCAUCUGCGCCAAAGACACUCGCUGUCCCUCGCCGCGCAGCCCCACCGCGACGCAAGCGAAGCGCACAGCCCGUGGAGGAAGACAAGGAGAAGCAGACGUCGGUCGACUCUGGCUCGACGGGCGAUGUGACCGUCUCGCCAGUUGCAGCGACCUCUGCUCCCCCUCAGAAAGACACCGAAGCCGUAAGCGAUGCACCCAUGACCGAAGAACCGGUUUCCGAGACGGUCCAAGAGGAAGAUCACAUCGGAGCGGCGCCUGCUGCCAUUUCAGCAGACGAAGGCGAAAGAACAGAGGCUCGCACCGCCUCGCUUCUCAUUCCUGGCGACAGGAACGGAGCCAGUGGGGAGCCCAGUCCAACGACACCAGCGUCCGAGAUUGAAAUGCGUGAGCAGGCGCGCCGCCUCGAUGAGUUCGUGCAGAGCCAGCAAGACGAUACCGACACGGAGCUGCCGACGCAGCUGCAGGAGAAUCUCAAGCUUGCCGAUGAAGAUGAAGACGAAGACGAAGACGAAAACCGCGAUGAAGUUACAACGGGUGCGGUGACUCAUGGUGAUACUGCCACUGCUGCUGCUGCUGCUGCUGCUGCUGCUGCGCGCGAGCCUGGGCAUGGUGAGCCGACCAACGCGCGAAUGCCACCGGUGCCUGUCGCCUCGCCGCCUCCUCCGAGCAGCGCGCCGCCGCGCCCGCCAAGCGCACGUCCUCCCGUCCCAAAGACGCCCUUGUCGCCUCCUCCCCUGGUCGCAGACGAAGAGGGAGCUCGGCAGUCGCCCGCCCCCACUAGGGCCCCACCUGUGCCGAGGGCGGCAAGCAGGCAAGGCUCGACGAUCAUGGAGCCUGUCGCUGCUCCCCCGGCAGUGCCCGCGGCUGCCACUCACGCAGCAGAAGACGAGGACAGCCGAGCGCUGCCUCCACAGCUCACCGCACCCAAGCCGCGCAUGGCGGUGCCCGUAGACACCUCGGACGAUGAGGCAGAGGACGACGAUGAGGCCGCACCUGCUCCUGCCGAGGAGGGGCAGGCAGAGGAGGAAUCAGAGGAGCAACAGGAGGCGCAGAGACGAGCGAGUCUCGCUCAGCGCAUGGCCCGCAUGGGCGGACAGCCCAUCAUGGGUGCGCCUAUGCCGAUUCGCAGGAAGCCAACCGUCGAGGAGUCCCGCUCAGUCGACGAGCGUGGGCCUGAAGCAAACGAAGACAUUGCACUAGCAGCCGGCGGUGCAGCCAGAGUUGACGAGGAAGAGGCGCAGGGCGAUGAGGAUGAGGAGCCUGUGAGGGAGACAGCCCCACGGCUGGCGAGCCCUCCUCCAGUGCCCAAGAGUCCGCCCCCGGUGCCAUCGGUCAGCCCGCCGCCUAGAGGAACGACGCCAGCAUCACGCCACAGCAUGCAAGCUGCCGACUCGAUUGAGCGGCGCAUGUCUUACCAGGCCGGCAGUGAUGGGCCCGAUGCCAGCCUCGGCCGUCGAGCGUCUCAGAUUCGACCUCCGGUGCCCAGCGUGACUCACUCGCGAGACACCUCGGCUCAGCAUGCAGCACCUGCUGAGGAGGAGACGGAAGAGGACGAGGAGCAGCCCGCGAUCGUCCCUGACCGACGAGCAAGUAUGAGCCCACCCCAGCUGCCCAGCAGCCCGCCACCUCGUGCGCCACCCUCGCGGCCACCGCCUCAGCGUGAGGCCGAAGCAGCACCUCCUGCUGAAGCAGUCGAGGAAGACGUGCGUGCGGUUCCUCCCAAGGCUACUAGCAUCUCCCCAUCAGCUUCCUCCACCAUCCCACCUCCUCGAUCGGCGGCAGCACCACCGUCAAGAUCCUCUCGCGAUCUCGACCUGAUGCCCUCGACCAAGUGGUGGCGGCACGGUCUCCAUCCCGUGCGUCUGCCUCCCACGCUUCAGCGCCCCGACGCUCUCGUCUCUGUUGACAUCCGCGGUCUGCCUAGUCAAAACAACGUGGCGCGCCAUCUCAUUACUGUCCAGCUCGUAUUUGAGGAUUACAGCUCGACGCUCGUGUACGUCGAGUUCCAGGACGACGACGGUGAAGAAGCGGCCACGAACGUGACCCAGCGCCAUGCACCUCCCCCCGCACGGCCCUCGGCCGCCCAGCUGACGUCGUGGUCGACGCAGAUUGGGGCUGGCCUCGCCUUGCAAGCCUCAGCAGCCGUCUCGGCCAAGUCGGCUGCGGCAGGCUCGUCCAAGGACUUUGUCGCCAAUCUCGUCAAGGCCAAUCCCCAGACGCUCGGUCCCGUUGGCUCGUCGUUUGGCGCCAUCAUCCUGGCCCAGGCCGGCAGCACGACGGUCGACCGCGGUGCCGAUGAAGAGGUCCGGCCGGGCGAUGUCGUUGCGCUUCACGGUGCCGAUCUCAAGGGCAAAAGGGGCAUCACAAACUACCACGCCACCUUUGGCACACCCCAGGAGCCCACCUUUGCCAUCGUGGUCGAGUCCGAGAGCAAGAAGAGAAAGCUUCGCUGUGUCCUUCAGGGACCGGCCGGCAGUGCCGGCGGCUCCACGGGCUCGAGGCUGGCCUCAGCGGCAAAGGGACCCGAAGAGGUCAGCCUGCGCCUUGACGACGUCAAGGGUGGCCUCGUUCGAGUCUUUAGGGUUGCUCCCAGAGUCGGCUGGCUCGAAGAUUGACUUGUUUAGGUCUUGUUAGCAUUGUCUUCUUUUUUUUAACACUUCACUUCGCAAAUGCCAAUCUCAGGAAAAAAAAAUUUCAGAGAUUCAGUUUCUCUAGGAGCCGGCGUAUAUUUGUGGCAGGGCAGGAGGCGAUGCAGAGGCGGCUGUGAGCGCACCACGGCAAAGUGGUAGUGUGGUGUUGGAAAUUCGUACCGUACGAAAAUAA